AUGAGGUCGAUUUCAUUACGUCCACUCCGCCGAGCGCUGGCGCCGUCCGCGUCCACCCAGCUUCCCCUUGCCGUCUCUCGGCUUUACUCGACGCACCCGCCCAAUGCGAAGCUCAACGUUCCCGUCGACUACGCGACGACCUCUCUCCUCGCGCACUCGUCUCAGGCGGCCCUCGGCACGGCCGAGCUCCCGGCCGAAGUGCGCAAUGGCACGACGAAGAAAAUGAACCUGUUCCAGGCCAUCAAUGACGCCCUGUCGAUUGCGCUGGCCGAAGACGACUCCGUCAUGGUGUUUGGAGAGGACGUUGCCUUUGGCGGCGUGUUCCGGUGCACAAUGAAGCUCGCCGAGACGUACGGCGCGGACCGCAUCUUCAAUACGCCGUUGACGGAGCAGGGCAUCAUGGGCUUCGCCAUCGGUGUGGCAGCGGAGGGCAUGCGGCCAGUAGCAGAAAUCCAGUUUGCCGACUACGUAUACCCGGCAUUCGACCAGCUCGUCAAUGAAGCGGCCAAGUUCCGAUACAGAGACGGCGCGUGCGGUCGCAGCGUGGGCGGUCUCACAGUCCGGAUGCCUUGCGGCGGCGUCGGACACGGCGCCCUCUACCACUCCCAGUCCCCUGAGAGCUUGUUCACGCACAUCCCUGGACUGCGAGUGAUCAUGCCGAGGUCACCCCUCCAGGCCAAGGGUCUCUUGCUGUCAGCCAUUCGUAGCAACGACCCGUGCAUCUUCAUGGAGCCCAAGAUACUCUACCGGGCCGCUGUCGAGCAAGUGCCCGCAGGGGCGUACACUCUGCCGCUGUCCAAGGCGGAGGUUCUGAAGGAGGGCAAGGACGUGACGAUUGUGUCCUACGGUCAACCACUGUACACUUGCAUGUCGGCCAUCCAAAAGGCCGAAGAGGAGCUGGGCAUCUCCGUGGAGCUCAUCGACCUCAGGACGCUGUACCCGUGGGACAAGGAGUGCGUCUUUGAGAGCGUCCGCAAGACGGGCCACUGUAUCGUGGUGCAUGAGGCGAUGGUCAAUGCCGGCGUCGGCGCGGAGGUUGCUGCAGCCAUCCAGGAGGACCCGGAUACGUUCCUGCGACUGGAGGCGCCAGUUGCGAGGGUUGCGGGAUGGAGCAUUCACACGCCGUUGUUGUAUGAGAAGUUCAACAUUCCGGAUGUUGCGAGUAUCUCAUGUUUCAACGUCCACCGCCGCAUCAUCACCGCCAACGCGAUAUUACAAGCAUACAUCACUCUGGCAAAUCACCCCAGAAUGUCCCAAGUCGAGACCGUGUCCUCCUUCGUGGAGGGAGCCCCCCCUGGCGAGUCCCUCACCGUGUCCGACCCCGAACUCGUUUCGAGCCUCGAGCCGGCGUUCGAGAAGUACAAUGAGGAGCAGUUCAUCACAGUGAAGCUGCCCGGCGGCAGCCAGCAGGUCAUCGUCAGCUCUCACAACUCGCUGGGCAACGGUCAAUACUUUGACGUCGAGAGCUCCACGAGCUUCACCUUCGACCACAGCACACAGAAGGCCAGCAACGCGCAGAGCUACGUUCUGGAGGGCGCCAACGCCGACUUGAUCAAGUCGACGCUGAAGAGCCUCGGCCCCUACGUCAAGGAGCACUUCCCCAACGCCGCGUACGGAGUCUACCCGACCGAGAACGACUCCAAGGUCGCCGUCAUUAUCGUUUCCAACAAGUACUCUCCCAACAACUUUUGGAACGGCCGCUGGCGCUCCCUCUACAUCUACGACCCCUCCUCCGAGAGCCUCGAGGGCUCGGUCAAGGUCGACGUGCACUACUACGAAGACGGCAACGUCCGCCUGCUCACCAGCCGCCCCACACAGACGUCCGUCUCGGGCACCGGCGCCGGCAUCGUCAAGGAGAUUUCGAACUCGGAGAAGAAGUACCAGGAGGAGCUCAACAGGGGGUUCACGAAUCUGAGCGAGGGAGCGUUCAAGGGCCUGAGACGGCAGCUGCCCGUGACCAGACAGAAGAUUGAGUGGGACAAGAUCACCUCGUACCGUCUCGGACAGGACAUUGGUGGAGGCAGCGGAAGGCGAUGA